AUGGAGCAUGGCACCUUUGCGUUUGUGGACGCGGCGUCCUAUGCGCCAAAGCUGGUGCUGCGCAUUCCAAAAGAAGAUGUACAGAGUAAAGGGUGCAAGAUGCAGGUCAUGGUGCCGCUAGCGCCGUCUGUGUACUACGAUCCAUUCACGGCGCGCGUAGAGACGCAGCAAGGCGUGGCGCAUGUCCAGCAUCUUGGGCGGCUGGAGCUGGAGAAGCAGGUGGGGUGGUCCGCACACCCGAUGGUGUGGGACGCAGAGAUGCGUGCCUGGUGGGAGGGUGGCGAUGAGGAUGCUGUCGGGGUCGAGCCAGCAAGCCAGCGCACGGACGGGCCUUGUAGCGGCGCUGCAUGCGAGCAUACCGCCGUGCUUGUCGAUCUGGACACGGCACACGGUAGCGAAAUGGGUUUGGAAAUUACGAUUCCUUUGCAUAAGCGCUACCAGAUCGCGCAAGUCCACCCGGUGCCUGUACACGUCGAAAUCAAGCACGACGCGCCAGCAUGGCUUCCUGCGCACAUUGCGCCGCUGUACGAGCGUGCAGCAGACGUGCUUGCGUCGGUCGCAUCACAUGCCCUGUCAUGGAUUGCGCGCAUACACACGCGGCAUUACCAGUCCGUGGAGCUCACCGGCGCGCACACAGCGCCGAUCCUCUUUGCCGCGUGCACGGAAGGCGACAUCCCGGAGUGGGACGUUGCCGACGUCCACGAGAUUCUCCCUGAUGCAUACACGCACCUGCGCCCGCGCUUUGAGGCGAAAUUGCAGGAUGCGUACUUGUUUGUGCCGCCCACGCCGCUUUUGCGCAUGUCGAAAACUGUGGCCGACAUGCCGGUUGGAGAUGCGGGGCUAUACCCACUUGUGCAGCUCGGCACCUUUGCAGCGACGCUGCUUGCUAUGCUAUUGGCUGUGCGCAGUAUCCGCCGCGCAUGUAGAAAGUAG